UUCCUAUAUACUCCGUAUAUACUCAAAAUCAAAAAUACUCCGUGUAAACGUAUCGUGAGUCAUUAAAUGGUUUUAUAGAACUUUUAUACUCCGGCGAUUAUCUCCGCCCUGAACCACCAAUGGCCACCGUAAUCCAUCUGCCACUACUCAUUUUUCUCACAUUAAAUCUCUUAAUUAAUGCCAAGCUAAACCUCGACCCCAACGACCACAACGCUCUUUCCGCAGUUUUCGUGAACUUGGGUGUCUCCGGCAAGCUCCAGCCACCGACAAAUUUUUGCACCGCAGCCGGAAUUUUUUGUGAAAGGAGAACUUCAAAUAAUUCUUACACCUUUAAAGUCACUGGAAUGGUGUUGAAAAGUCAACGCCGGAAAGGGUCUCUGUCGCCGGAGAUUGGGAAGUUGUUGGAACUUAAUGUUAUUGAUUUAAGUAACAAUGAAUUUUCCGGCGAAGUCCCGACGGAAUUAUGUUAUCUUUUCCGGCUAAGGAUACUUGAUCUUUCUAAUAAUAGAUUUUCCGGCGAGUUGGGUUUUUUAAAAUAUUUUCCAAACCUUGAAAAACUAUCACUUGAGAAUAAUAUGUUCACCGGAAAAGUACCCAUUUCGUUACGUUCGUUUCGGAAUCUUCGGUUUUUUAAUGUCUCCGGGAAUAGUUUAUUGGAUGGUCCAUUGCCGGAAUUACGACGACUAGAAUAUGUGGCGCCGGAGGUGAAAAAGUAUAGCUAUGGACGAUAUAAAUUUAUUGAAUCGACGAAUUCAACGAAUUCAAAAAAUGGGAAUUCUCAAUUCCCGGCGACAUCACCGGCGCCGGCACCGGCUGAGGGACGGAGUGUUAAACAUAAAAAGAGUAAUAAAAAGAAAAUAUUGGGGUGGGUUCUUGGGUUUUUGGGUGGGUCAUUUGGUGGGAUUUUAUCUGCACUCAUAUUUUCGGUUUUGUUUAAAAUGUGUUUGAUUAUGAUCAAAGGGAGUGGAGAUCCAUCUGGACCAUCGAUUUUCAGUCAAUCGAUAACUGCGGAGGAGCUCGCGUUUUUGGAGGACGACGAGGCGAUUAGGGCAUUACAAGUGAUAGGAAGAGGUGGUUGUGGAGAAGUAUACAAAACCGACUUGCCUGAAGGAAAGAUUAAGACUAUUGCGAUUAAACAAGUCAUACAACCAUCAAAAGACGCGGCCGAGCUCACAUUAGAGGACACGAAAACGCUCAACAAAAAAAUGCGUCAAAUUCGGUCAGAAAUCCAAACGGUUGGUCAGAUUCGCCAUAGGAAUCUCCUAUCAUUACUUGCUCAUGUGUCGCGGCCGACUUGUCAUUACCUUGUAUAUGAGUAUAUGAAAAACGGUAGCUUGCAAGACAUUUUGCAACAAGUACAAGAUGGUAGACGAGAACUAGAUUGGCUUGCGAGAUACAAGAUUGCAAUUGGGGUUGCAACCGGGCUUGAGUAUCUCCACAUGAAUCACACGCCCCGUAUAGUCCACCGAGACUUAAAGCCUGCAAAUGUACUCCUUGAUGAUGACAUGGAGGCCCGAAUUGCUGAUUUUGGGCUGGCAAAAUCAAUCCCAGACGCUGAAACACAUAUGACAAGUUCCAAUGUUGCAGGUACAUUAGGAUACAUUGCGCCCGAGUAUCAUCAAACCAUGAAAUUUACGGACAAAUGUGACAUCUAUAGUUUUGGCGUGGUACUCGGCGUGUUGGUUGUGGGAAGACUUCCUUCUGACGACUUCUUUCAACACACUUCAGAAGUAAGUCUCGUUAAAUGGAUGAGAAAGGUUAUGACAUCUGAUGACCCGAAAGAAGCAAUUGACCCGAGCCUUUUAGGAAAUGGGUAUCAAGAACAGAUGCUUCUUGUUCUUAAGAUUGCUUGUUUUUGUACGCUUGAUAAUCCAAAAGAGAGGCCAAAUAGUAAGGAUUGUAGGAUCAUGUUGGCUCAAAUCGAGCACUGAAUAUACUCAUAAUAAGAAUGCAAGUUUGUGAUUUCAUUUA